AUGUCGAGCAAGGUUCACUCUGUGGUCCCCUACCUUCCGCCCGAGAUCUUCCUCGAGAUCUUCAAGCACCUGCCCACCCACCAAUCCCGCGCCGCCUUGGCCUCCACCAGCCGCACCCUGGCCUGCUACCUGCGGCCAAAGCUCUACAAGUUAGCGGUUGCCGCCGACAGCUCGUUCCGCGAAACCCGUCACCGGUGUGCCCCAUGGCGGUUCGCCAUUUUCAACAACAUCCUCGGCCUCCUCCGUCACUGCCUCGACGCCGGACUCCCAGUGAACACCUCCAGGGGGUUACCCGAGAGGGACACACUCCUGAUCUACGCCAUAGCCUAUGGCCGCAGCAGUAUCAUCGAGCUGCUCCUCAGCCGUGGCGCCGAUGUGAAUUCGACGCCGCACUACACGCCCCUCUCGGUCGCCGCCUACUCGUGGAAUUCCUUGGAAUCCACGCCCGCCGGCAGUCUCGCCUGCUGCAAGGUCCUGCUGAGUUACGGCGCAAAAGUCAAUGAAGUGCUGGACACCGGCUACGUAUGGGGGUAUGCGCCGCUGUGUGCCGCCGUCAACAGCUAUAUUUAUGAUCCGCACUGUGGUCGUUUCGAGGUGAUUAAAUUGUUGGUUGAGAACGGCGCCCGCGGGUAUAAUGGGUCUGAACCCGAUGCCUUGGCUCUCCUCAUGGAGGGGGUGGUCGGCGGAGGCGGAUGGAAUACUGGAUUGCGGAGGCGGAGGGAUACUGCAUUGUGA